CCAUCACUCUCGAUACCCAAGGGCAAUGUAGCCAAGUGUACCUUGAAGGGGCGUAAAGCAAAGAUGCCGCAGCCUGUGCUGAACUUGGAGCUGAGCGCAGCAAGUAAGGAUGGGGUAGCUAAGAGAGGCGAGGAGACCAAGUUCGACCACGUGAUGGCUCUUCAAGAAGAGCCCGUGCAGAUCACGUUCCUGCUGCCAGACGACUCGACAGUGUCAGGGGAGUUUAAGAAGGGUCACACCGUAGCUGUGCUGAAGGUUUUCCUCGAAGACGAGUACGAUUUAAAGCAAGAGGAAACGCAAUUGUGUCUGGAUGGCACUAUACUUUUGGACCCGUUCUCCCUGACGGAUUUCCCGUGCGUCUUGGAAGCGUCAGCGAUCGAUAUCCAAGUACGAAUUACUUGCGCGGAUGCCAAGAGUAGAAAAUGAAUCAAGCAGAUGCUGGAACGCGAUUAGACACUCUUGUAUCCCGCCGUCCCGUAAGCAUUUAAUAACAUACCUAAUAGCAACUGAGUGCAACCAGAUCGACAAUGCUAAGGAUUUUUUUUGGGGUUGUACUAAUGGUUAAACUUACCAGAAAUUUUGAAC